GAAGAGCCACUUUGUCACUUACGAGGUCAGCCAACAAUGCUUCAAUUUUCAAAGGAUGGCGAUGUUAUAAUUGGUGCAAUAUUUUCAUUUCAUGAUAUUGUGGAGGAUGGAAAACCAAAUUUUACGUCUAUGCCUAAACCACUAGUAUGCAAAAGCUUAAACCUGAGAGAAUUUCAAGUAGCUGAAACAAUGAUUUUAGCUGUGGAAGAAAUAAACAACAGUACAGACAUUCUUCCUGGUGUAACUCUUGGAUAUAAAAUAUAUGAUGACUGCAGUUCAAUGCCUUUAGCUAUUGGAGCUGCAAUGGCUUUAAUGAAUGGACAAGAAGAAACAACGGUUCCUGAUAAGUCAUGUGUGAAAUCAUCUACUGUUGCAAAUAUAGGACUGUCAGAAUCACAAUCAAGUAAAGGUGUGGCCACUGUUAUUAGUCCUUUUAAUAUUCCACUGAUAAGUUAUUAUGCCACAUGUGCUUGUCUCAGCAACAAACAUGAAUUUCCUAGCUUUUUUCGAACAAUUCCAAGUGAUUCCUUUCAAAGCAAGGCCUUAGCACAACUUGUAAAGCAUUUUGGCUGGAAUUGGAUUGGUGCAAUCAGAAGUGACAAUGAUUAUGGAAACUUUGGAAUGGCAACUUUUUUGCAAGAGGUCCAGCAAGAAGAUGUCUGCAUUGAAUACUCAGAGGUAAUCUCCAGGACUUAUCCAAGAGAAAAAUUUCUUAAAACGGUAGAUGUAAUAAGGAAAUCAACAUCAAAAGUUAUAGUAGCUUUUGUAGCAUUUAAAGAUAUGGAAUUCCUGGUAAGAGAACUUGUCUACCAGAAUGUCAGUGGCAUGCAGUGGAUAGGAAGUGAAGGUUGGAUUUCUACUGAUCAGCUAGCAACAAGGGAAAAUUACAGAGUUCUUGCUGGAACUUUUGGAUUUGCUGUUACAAAUGGAUUUAUAAAAGGAUUGCAGGAAUAUCUCCAAAAUGCCAAGCCUUCUUACAUUCCUGGAAACACCGGGUUAAAAGAACUAUGGGAAAGUACUUUCAGUUGUGCCUUGACACCCGAAAAUAAUACUCGAUUGGCAAAGCCAUGUACAGGGUUUGAGACUUUUCAGAAUGUAAACAAUCAAUACACUGAUGUGUCCGAGAUCAGAAUUACUAACAAUGCCUAUAAAGCAGCUUACGCAAUUGCUUAUUCGUUACAUGAUCUCUUCUUUUGUAAAACUGGCAAGGGACCUUUUGCUAAUAAGACUUGUGCAAACAAGGCAAAAAUUGAGCCUUGGCAGGUUCUACAUUACAUGAGAGCCGUUAAUUAUACAACCAAAAAUGGAGAGAAUGUUUACUUUGAUGAAAAUGGAGAUCCAGUUGCCAGAUAUGAAAUAAUAAACUGGCAAGUCAAUGAAGAAGGAGUCAUAAAAUUUGUCACUAUUGGUCUCUAUGAUGCAUCUCUACCUGAAGGUCAGCGAUUUAUAAUGAAUAACAUCAGUGCUAUUUGGGCAGGAGGUCAGAAAAUGGUUCCUAAGUCAGUGUGCAGUGAAAGCUGCCCUCCAGGGACUCGAAAGGCUGCUCAAAAAGGAAAACCUGUGUGCUGUUUUGACUGCAUUCCAUGUGCUGAAGGUGAAAUUAGCAAUAUAACAGAUUCAAAUGACUGUGCUAAGUGUCCUUUGGAAUACAAGUCCAAUGAGCAGAGGGAUCACUGUAUCUUGAAAGAUAUUGAAUUUUUGUCAUUUGGAGAAAUUAUGGGAAUUUUACUUGUUACGCUUUCACUUCUUGGGACUUGCAUAACAGUUGCUGUAGCCGUAAUUUUUUUUCAUUACAGGGACACUCCAAUUGUUAAAGCUAAUAACUCAGAAUUAAGUUUUCUGCUUUUAUUUGCAUUGACUUUGUGUUUCCUUUGUUCAAUUACUUUCAUUGGUGAGCCAUCAGAAUGGUCCUGCAUGCUACGCCACACUGCAUUUGGGAUCACAUUUGUGUUGUGCAUUUCAUGUGUUUUGGGGAAAACAAUAGUGGUCUUAAUGGCAUUUCGGGCUACACUUCCUGGCAGUAACAUAAUGAAGUGGUUUGGACCAACCCAGCAAAGGUUAACUGUUUGUACUUUCACACUUGUCCAAGUUGUAAUAUGUAGUAUAUGGCUAAUAACAGCACCUCCGUUCCCAAACAAAAAUGUGAAAUAUUUCAAAGAUAGAAUCAUUCUUGAAUGUGAUUUGGGAUCAACAUUAGCCUUUUAUUCUGUUUUGGGGUACAUCGGGUUUCUCUCUGGAAUGUGUUUUGUUCUGUCUUUUCUUGCUCGCAAACUUCCAGACAAUUUUAAUGAGGCCAAAUUCAUCACGUUCAGCAUGCUCACAUUUUGUGCAGUUUGGAUCACCUUUAUUCCAGCCUACAUAAGCUCCCCUGGAAAAUACACUGUUGCUGUUGAAAUAUUUGCAAUUUUAGCUUCAAGUUUUGGCUUACUCUUUUGCAUUUUUUCUCCAAAAUGUUACGUUAUUUUACUGAAACCUGAAAACAACACCAAAAAACAUUUAAUGGGCAAAACAUCUGCAUAA